AUGCAGCCUCAAGGCUUCCCGGCGCACGUGCAGUAUAUCCGCGGAGCCCCUCCGAGAUACGGCUUUCCAGCCCGGCCCGUGGAUGCCAAGAAGGUGGUGGCACAGCUACCAGUCCAAGGUGCUCGGGCCGCGCACUGCGCACCACCCGUCGCAGCGGUCACCGCUGUGCUGGCUGCACCGACUCCCAACAACUGCAAGAUCCAGCCGCAGCUCCAAAAUUUGCCGCGCUUCCAGCCGCCCGACUUCGAAGGUGAAGAUGGACAGCUUCCCCGACCUGAUUCACCGUGCAGCACCCCGCGGGAAUCAGGCCAGGCCGACGAGCUGGAGGAUUUGGGGCCCUUCUCUGCCGACACCUUUGUGGAGUAUCGAAGUCGAUCUAGUGGGCAGUGGAUUCUCGCGAAGGUAGAGAAUUUCAACGCCGACACGCAGACGUAUCGCCUGGAUGUGCAGCCCUAUGCCCCGGCAGACAGGGUACGUGCCCGGCGCCGUGGCUUACCAAAAAGGCCGGAGGUAGCAAACGGCCACGAGUCAGUGGCUGAUGCAGGACCGGAACCAGGCAACGAUCGAGAUACAACGCCACACCGGGCAGCGGAGCGGCGAGUGCAGGAAGCAUCGCGCGAGACACAGUCUGCGCCGUCUUGCGAGCCGGGCAUAUUGGAGCUGUCCCUGCAAGACGAGGUGGAGAUGCUGCGCCGGCGAGUCGUUGAGCUGGAGGAGCAGAACCGGACUCUGCAUUCACAGGUAGCGCAUGAGACUGAGCUGAAGGAGCGCUAUCGGCAGGAACUGGCGGAACUUCGCAAGUGGGGCCAGACUCCGCGAUAG